UCACACACAGCCUGUGCCCUUGCCCUCGCCUCGCCGCUGCCGACCCAUGCCCCAAUGUCUCACCGCCGUCAUGCCGUCCACCGCCAGGUCGGCCUGUUCUUGUUUGCCUGCGACCUUGACCGUCUGACACGGCGAGCCAACCUCGGGCUCGACAAGCGAGAGCAUUGCUUGCCUGCUUCACACUAUGAAAUGAAACUAUAGAUUACACAACAGCAACCAUGGCUGCAACCCGCGCCCCGACGCGCGCCGCAGUCGACCUCCUGAAUACGAUGCGCUCACGGCACGGCCCUGUGGCGGCGCAGUUCCGCAGUCUUCGAUGCUGCCCCAAGCUCCCUGCCCGCUCCCUGCACAGCACAGCCGCCUGCCGAGCUAUCGCCGACCAGAAGAAGCCAGAGCCAGCAGGCACGGAGGACCACGCCCGCCCUAGGAAUGCGCGGACGGCGCCUCUCGGUCUGCUUGUAGGCAGCGGCUUGGUCAGCGGCUUGCUGGCGUCGUUCUUUGCCCUGUCCCAGCCCGCUGCCGAGGCCAACGGCGACGCGGCACCGCCCCAGACCCACACGACCCCGGCACCGACAGCCGGCGACAGCCGCGACCCGUCGCUCCCGCGCUUCCGCCUCGCCGACGUCCGCAAGCACGGCGCCGCCUCGGCCCAGCCGUGGGUCACGUACGAGGACAAGGUCUACGAUAUCACCGAGUGGGUCGGCGCGCACCCUGGCGGCGACGUGAUCCUGCGCGCCGCCGGCGGCAGCAUCGAGCCCUACUGGAACAUCUUCUCUAUCCACAAGGCCCCGCACGUCCGCGAGAUCCUCGACCAGUACCUGAUCGGCUACAUCGACGCGGCCGACCUGCUGCGGCGCGAGCACGAGGCCAUCGAGGACCCCUUCGUGGCCGACCCCGAGCGCGACGCCCGCCUCGUCAGCCACACGGCUCGGCCGCGCAACGCCGAGCCACCCACCGACGAGCUGACGCGCGCCUUCCACACGCCCAACUCCCUCUUCUACGUCCGCAACCACAUGUGGGUGCCCGUGGUCGGCGAGGGCGCCGAGGGAGACGAGCACGCCGUGACGGUCGAGCUGCCCGACGGCGAGACGCGCCGCUACACGCUGGGCGAGCUCAAGGCGCGCUUCCCCACGCACCGCAUCACGGCCGCGCUCCAGUGCAGCGGCAACCGCCGCAGCGACAUGACGAAGCAGGCCACGAAGACUAACGGCCUGCAGUGGGGCGUCGGCGCCAUCAGCAACGCCGAGUGGGAGGGCGUGCGGCUGGCCGACGUGCUCGCCGACGCCGGGCUCAGGGUGGCCGACGCCCAAGCCGCGACUGCCGUGGCCAAGCCGCCGCCGCCGCCGCCGCCGCCGCCGGACGACGACUACGACGACGACGACGACGCCCCCCCGCCCGCAAGCUCGCUGCACGUGCAGUUCUCGGGCCUCGAGGCGUACGGGGCGUCCAUCCCGCUGGAGACGGCGCUGGACCCGCGCGGCGACGUGCUGCUGGCCUUUGGCAUGAACGGCGCGCCGCUGCCGCGCGACCACGGCUUCCCGCUGCGCGCCAUCGUGCCCGGCCACGUGGCCGCGCGCUCCGUCAAGUGGCUGAGCAAGAUCGCCGUCGCCGACGAGGAGAGCCACAGCCAGUGGCAGCGCCGCGACUACAAGGGCUUCGGGCCCAACGAGGGCGCCUCGCCCGACUGGGACCGCGCCAAGGCCAUCCAGGAGAUGCCCGUCACCAGCGCCAUCACGGGCGUGUGGGUGGGCCGGGGGGCGGACAAGGCAGCGCCAGGCCCUUCGUCCCCUACUGGAAGCAACGGCGGGGCCGGAGCCCAACCCGUCACCCUAGAGGGCUACGCCUACUCCGGCGGCGGGCGCGCCAUCGCCCGCGUCGACGUGAGUCUAGACGGCGGCAAGUCGUGGGACCAGGCCGCGCUCGUCGACGACUGCGCCAGCGGCAAGUGCCCGGGGAACCGCGCCUGGGCGUGGACGCGCUGGCGGUACAGUGGACGGCUGCCGCCGGCAGAAGCCGUCACUACUACUACGGAACCCGACACUAACGCGGGCGGCAACAAAGCGUGCACGACUCUCGUCGUCAAAGCCACCGACGACGCCUACAACGCCCAGCCUGAGACUCACGCCUCCGUCUACAACGUCCGCGGCAACCUCGCCACGGCCUGGCACCGCGUCAGGCUGUGUCGGCUGUCUGCCGGCGCUGUCGAGUGGGAGACGGACGGCUGUGGGUUUGUGAAUGGGUCGCGGAAGAGGGGAGCAGAGGGACAGGAAAAGGAAAAGGGGUCGAAAUGAAAGAGGGGAGCAGAGGGACAGGAAAAGGAAAAGGGCUGAAAUGAAAAAGAAAGGAAGAAGAGCUGGGAGACCCAGUGCGGCGCGGUGCUCAGUCUACUCUUGCAGUUUUGGGCUAGGGCAGGCAGGGUAUCUAUCUAUCUAGCUAACUAGCCAGCUAGCUAGCUAGCAGUGACGUCUGUACUGAUGUGUGUGUGCUAACAAGGUGUGAUAAUUGAGGGGGCUCAAGUUUGGGGACUGUAUUAUUAUUGUACUCUAGUGUGCGAGCAUUCAUUCCCUUCCGAACUACCUGCUGUAAUACUGGCAGGGUGGGAGUCAGCGGGUUGGAUACCUAGGUGCCUUAACUAGGCUGCGAAAGGCUUGUCUUGUCUUGUUUUCUUUCGUUUGUCUUUUGGGCUUC